AUGACCUCCUCUCCCCCAACUAUGCUGAGCGCACUACCCACCCCGUCCGGCUCAACGUCGAUUUCAUCCUUGCUAAACUCUCUACACUCGCAUCUCCAAUCGCAAACGCAAUUAUUGCCGGCUUUACAUACACAACUGGGCUUGCCACCGGCUGCGCUAGCGGAUGAGCUGUCGCUGUUGCAGCAGUCGCUUACACGAUGUGUGGAGGAGCAGAUUGAUGGGAGGAGAAGGGAGGUCGACCAGUGGAUGUUGAGAUGCGAGGAGGCGGAGGCGGAGUGUGUGAAUUACAAUGCCGUGCUGGGGAGUGGUGUGAAGGGUUCUGGAUGCAACUUCGGAGAGAUCAGGAAGGAGCAUGUGCUACCGAAACGAUACGAGCUCUUGACAGAGAUGCAGGAGAGGUUACGACGGGUGUACCAUACAAAACUAGAGCAACUUCUGACUUUAACAAGUCGAAUUGCUACGCUUGUACGAACACUACCCGACGGCUUCUACCCUGACGACCUGCUCGAACCACUCAUGGACGGCCACAUAUCCGCACAUCGAGAUGUCUCACCUGAGCGCUUCGCCAAACUAGAAAAGGAACUUGUACGAGGGAAGGGGGAGAUCACGCGACGUCUCCAGUACCUCGGCUCCGAAUUCGUCCAAAUCGACUACCUUCACUCCGAAUUGGGCAUCGCUCUACCCGAUCUGGAUCUCGAAGAACCAUUGUACCAACCUGCCGCUUCAUCUCUCGGUUUGGCGCCCAUAUCCCGGCCACCCUCCGCUCUCGCCGCCAGCUCAAGCCAAUACGGCCAGCCAGAUCCCUUCUUGGUUGCCACGCCUACGCCGAGCAUGCGCAGCGCUUCAAUGUACUCUGGUCCACCGUCCGCAUCUACAUCCGCAUUUUCACGUACUAUGCCCCCUGCACCACCGGAAGAGGACGAGCGCCUGUAUCAGCGCAUCUUCGGACGCUUCGCGGUGGCCAUCGAGAACGCAAGCGAAGAGGAUAUCGCAGCCGUUGAAGCCGGACGUAAAGUUCUCGGUCUCGACGGCGUACAACCCACACCCGGUCUAUUAGACUGGGCCGUAACGAUGCGCGGUGCACUCGAACAGCUCAAGCGCGCUCGCGAAGUAGCCAUCCAGGCCAUGUACGAUCAACUGGAGGUCUUGUGGCGGAGAAUGGGUGUACCGGACACACAGAUGGAUGCGUUCGUGGACGCGAAUCGCGGUGCGACGGAGGAGGUUGUUAGGGCGUAUGAGCAGGAGUUGGACGGGAUGCUGGAGCUGAAGCGGGAGAGGAUGGCGGAGUUCGUGGAGAAUGCGCGGGCGGAGAUUGCGAAGCUCUGGGAGGAGCUUAUGUUGGGCGAGGAGGAGCGCACUGAGUUCGCUGCUUACUACGACGACGAGUUCACUGAGGAGCUUCUUGUCAUUCACGAAGACGAGAUCCGGCGGUUGAAGGAGGAGCGUCGGGAGAAGGCUCAUCUACUCGGUAGCAUCAAGCGCUGGUUCGAGAUCUGCGAAGAGGAGAAGGAGCUCGCGGCUUCAGCUGCAGACGUCUCGCGCUUGACUGGUCGCGGCGCGCGGGAUCCAGGACGAUUACUCCGCGAGGAGAAGAUGCGCAAGCGAGUUAAGAAGGAGAAGCCAAGACUCGAGCAAGAGCUCAUGGUCGCUAUCCCCGCCUGGGAAGCCGACUCUGGCCGGCCCUUCCAAGUUCACGGCGAAUCUGUCCUACAACUCCUACUCGAAUCCGGCUCCGGCUCCUCUUCCGACUCAGGCAAGGAGAACAAACGCGCCGGCCGUCCUCCACCCGCACGAGCAGGCUCAGUCCCAGCACGCGCCACCACACCCGAAACGCACUCCCAGAACCGACGGGCGGCACAAUCACGGCCGGCAAGUGCAGGUUCCACCAAACGACCAGCGCCUUCCAGCUCGGACUCGGAGUCGAACAAACGCCAACGAUUGGGCAACGCAUCAGCGAACAAGAUCCCACCUGUACCGCCGUUACCGAGCAAUAGCAAACUCGUGAUGCCCAUGCCCGUUAAAGCGUCUGCUGGCUCGACGCUCCCUCGACCCACAGCUAUGCGCGCACAACACGCGGCGUUAGGCCACGGUCGCGCACCGCCGAAUGUACGGCCGGGUAUACGGCAAGUCAGCGCGCCUGCUGCACAAGCGCAAGCACGGCUGGCUAGCGCGGGUGCGAGAGCAGGACCAGAUCCGCAGACGGCCGCGAAGAAGGCGAGCAGAGCGAGGAGGGAGAGCUUCAAGCCUCGACCGAGUACGGAUGCGGGGUGGGCACCUCAAGCGCAGCGCUUUGGCGGAUUGGAAGACGGCGGGUUGAAGGAGGAAGAGGAGGACGGUUGA